GCCAUGAUUUGCCUGUGGUUACACUUAGAAGAGCCAGGGCUUUAAACACUUAAGCUUAAGUCUGGUUUCCAUUUUUUCAUUUGUUUUCUAAUACAGAUGAGUGGUUCAGGGAAAGUUUUCCUUAAAAUGUAGUUAAUCCCAGUUAAUACGUAGAUUCCUUUAAACCUCCCUCUAUUAUACUUUUUUUGGUGAUACUACAUAAAUCACUUAGUAAAAUAUGAACUCUUUGCUUUUAAUAUGGUGAGUUUUAAAGUAUUCUUUUAUUAGGGAACAAAGAAUGGUCAAGAGAGUGGCGUUGAAAUUGGAAUUGACACAAUUCAGUUUGGUGCUCCAGCGUCAAAUGGAAGUGAAAAUGAAAUUGUUCCUGUUCUUUCGGAAAAAUCCACUGACAAAAUACCUGAACCUAAAGAGCAACGGCAGAAACAGCCACGUGCAGGGCCUAUCAAAGCCCAGAAGCUUCCAGAUCUGAGUCUAGUAGAAAACAAAGAAUAUAAACCUGGUCCCAUUGGAAAGGAACGUUCAUUAAAAAACAGAAAAGUAAAAGAUGCCCAACAGGUGGAGCCAGAAGGACAAGAGAAGCCAAGCCCCGCUACUGUUAGAAGUGCAGAUCCUGUCACAACAAAGGAAACCAAAGCAGUCUCAGAAAUGUCUGCUGAAAUAGGAACGAUGAUCUCUGUGUCUUCUGCAGAAUAUGGCACUAAUGCAAAGGAGUCUGUAACUGACUAUACUACACCUUCUUCUUCUCUGCCUAACACUGUGGCUGCUAAUAAUGCAAAGAUGGAAGAUACUUUGGUUAAUAAUGUUCCCCUGCCCAGUACCCUGUCCCUCCCUAAGAGGGAGACUAUGCAGCAAAGCUCUAGCCUAACUUCAGUUCCUCCUACUACCUUCAGCCUCACCUUCAAGAUGGAGUCUGCACGCAAGGCAUGGGAGAAUUCUCCAAAUGUAAGGGAAAAGGGAUCUCCAGUAUCUUCCACAGCACCUCCAAUUGCAACUGGUGUUAGCAGUAGUGCCAGUGGACCAAGCACUGCUAAUUACAGUUCAUUCUCAAGUGCAUCGAUGCCUCAUAUUCCUGUGGCUUCCGUCACUCCUACAACAUCACUAUCAGGAGCUGGUACAUAUACUACCUCUUCUUUGAGCACAAAAUCUACAACCACAUCUGAUCCCCCUAAUAUUUGUAAAGUGAAACCCCAACAAUUACAGACCAGUAGCCUGCCUUCUGCGAGUCAUUUUUCACAAUUAAGCUGUAUGCCUUCCCUUAUUGCCCAGCAACAACAGAGUCCGCAAGUUUAUGUGUCUCAGUCUGCAGCAGGUAAAAUUUUUAGAUUUGAUUAUUAAAAAUUUAGGAAGUGAAGACA